AAAUAAAGCAACGAAGCAACACCAGUAAUACUCCUACUACCCUUACUGCCUAUCCAGAGCUUGCUGCAUAUCCAUUCUAUUCUAUACUAGGUGAGGGUGUGUUCACGCAGCUUACUUGGUUUUCUCGUUCAGCCCGAUCCAUCUAUUUGGCUGCUGUUUAGCUAAGCUAGCUUGUUUUGGCCUAUCAAUCCAGUUCCGCAAUCAAGGAACGAAGAGUUAGGCCUGGGGUCUUUGCUGCAGAUCCGUCUGAUCCAUGGGGUAGAUUGAACAAGCCAAUUCAACUCUAAAUGAACCUGGGGAUCGUUUCGAUACAUCAUGGAGCCAAGGCUCAUCCUGCUCAAGGCAAAUACCAUCAAUGCUGCAGCAGAAGAGAUAGUUGGUAUUCUGGAGGGCACGACCAAACACGAAAGAAAUAUCUUCUUCCGUGGCUGGCAGGGACUCGGGGCAUCCACUGUUCUCAGAGUGGUUGCCCAACGCCUGAAAUCAUCAGCUGCUCAAGAAAUGAAGUUUCAAAAGGUUGUACACGUGGAUUGCUCAUUGUGGCAAAGCAUGAGAGCCCUGCAAAGGGCAAUUGCUGAGGAGCUAGAGCUUCCCCAGUCGGUGAUGUCCAUGUUUGAUCAGCAUGAUGAGGAGGAUGAUUUCAAUGGGAUAGACCAAGGCUCUAGAGGGGUAAUAAGUGAUGUCACAGGGGAGAUCUUCAGAAAGCUUUAUAACAGUACAUUUGUGGUGAUUUUUCACAACGGGAACAACCACUACAUUGAUUUGUAUGAGUGUGGUCUCCCCAUAACUACAUUUUUGAGUAACAAGGUGUUGUGGACCUGGGGCAGGAGGCUCCGACUCUAUAACGAAGAAGAAGAAGAUGAAUUCGAGAAAACUGCGAGUAAGGCUGAUAUUGACAUGGGAGGUCAAGAAUUGCGGAGAAAUGUAUUGCAUGAAGAGGCCGCCAAGUACAUUGAUAUUCUUGAGCCUGGCACAGUAGUUGAGUGCUUCCAGUACGUCUGGGCAAGAAAACGUGCCGGCUGUAUUGACUGGCGAAUGCAUGCUUCAAACUAUUGGAUAUGUGAUGGGAUUAUACUAGAGGAAGGCAAUCCGUCUGCAUGGGAGGUUGGUGAUGCUCUAGAGAGAUACAUCUACUUGGAUUGGAUUAUGGAGGAAGAUAAUCCCAGUGAAGAUGAAGAUGAAGAUGCAAUUGAUGCUUACAUUUCUGGCCCUAAUGACCGUUCGGUUUCAGCCACACACCAACCCCUGAUACAUGAUGAUAUUGGUGUGCUGCCUCUUCGAGCGACAUCCUUCCUCCUCCUAGCAGAUAAAUCAAAUGGUAGGAGGGUGAAGCCUCUAUUAUCAGUUGUCAUGUUCCCAGACAACAAUAGGCUGCGUGUGUUGCACCUAUCUUGGUGCACCUUCAGUUUUACAUCUCCUCCCUUCCUCUGCUGCAGCCACCUAAGAUUCCUCCUGCUGGACCAUUGCACAGAUAUCAAAGAUGAAGAGCAUAAAAGCAAAAACCAAAAUGGAUCAUGCUUCCAAAAGCUAUGGGUGCUGGACCUGAGGUAUACAGACUGGUACUCAGAAAAGAUGAUGUGUUUAAUGGAUGAACUCAGGGAGCUGAAUGUGGAGGGAGUCAGGGACUGGAGGGUAGUUGAUCUUUGUGGCAGUAAAACUAGGCUUGUCAAGCUCCGAGUAGAAGCUGACCCAGACGCUGCAACUGAAAUAACCAUGCACAAGCCAGUCCCUAACAUGUCCAACGCCAACCACCUUAAGACAAUUAUCCUUGAGAGUUGCGUUGGAUUGGAACAAGUUGUUCCCGAUGUUCUUCCCCCGUUACUUGAGUCAUUUAGCUUUACUGUAGAUGAUGACGCUAUUGCUAAGAUAUCCAGCAUCUCCUUCCAGGGCCUCGCUAAAUUGAAGAGUGUGCUGCUGAGAGGCUUGAUGGAGAGCCUCGAGGAGCUGGACCUCUCAGGCACAGCAGUGAAGACCCUCGACCUUAGAGAAGUGGUAGCAAGAAACCUCAAGCAGCUCAUCAUGUUGGGCUGCCAGAAGUUGCAAGCAAUACAAUGGCCGCGAAUAGGAGAAAGGCCAUGGUGGUUGGAGGUGUUGCGCGUCGACACCGUACAAUCCGGAUCAUCUGGCCAAGGCAAUUGUGAAGAAAAAUCCAAGGAGACUAUUGCUGCUACAGGAUCAUCACAGAAUAUUGCAGUUGUUGCUAUGAAACAAGAUGCAUCUUUUGAUAAAUACAUCUAUGUAAGGGACGGAAGGCUCCUGAGGUCACUAGUGCCUGUCAGAGCAUCUUUUGAGCUUAGGGGUGGACAUAUGGAGAUGUCAUCAUCACCUGCAAGUAGUGUUGCUGUUGGUGAUCGUGGAUAUGCCCAACGAAUUAGACAUCCUGAUCAUUAUUUAUAUGCAAGAGAUAUCGUAUUUCAAUACCACCUUCACGUUGUUGCUGCUAAUGAAGGUGCAAUCAGGUGGAUGUGGGCUUGUCCACCUGCUCCUGUUGUUGAUACAGUCAAGGAUUGGUAUGUCCACAUACAAGUUGAAGAGGGUAUGAAGAAGAGUGGCUUACUGAAGCAGGAAGGUGGCACCCAAGGAACUAUUACUGGUGCUACUUCAAUCCCAGAUGAUAUAUGCAGAUUACAUGCUAAGAUGUUGCAUGUGCAUGAUUGCUUGUCCAUCACUAGCAUCCCAGUCCCAAGAGAUCUUGUUUGGACACGACUUGAACAGUGUCGAGUUGAGAGGUGCCCCAAUAUAAGCUCUGUCUUUGCUGCUCUCAAAGGAAGUUAUACUAAUUAUGUUAUGUUUUGCUUUUAUCACUUGACCACAUUCUGGGCAUCCCAGCUCCUGAUGGCGCGCUACAUAUGGAACUGGAAUACAAUAUGGCAACCCAGUGAGCAUUCCUUUCGAGACCUAGAAUUUUUGCACCUAGACUACUGCCCAAGGCUCAUACAUGUGCUCCCCUUAUCUGUGGAUAUGACUACCUUGCCUCACCUAGUGACCCUCGAGAUUGUGUGCUGUGGCGAUAUCAUGGAGAUCUUCCCUCUGGAUCCCGAGCGCCAAGAGAAGCAAACAAUUAUAAAUUUCCCCGAGCUCAAGCACAUCCACCUGCACGAUCUCCCCAGGCUGCAGCACAUCUGUGGAAGUAGGAUGUUAGCACCAAAACUUGAAACUAUCAAGAUAAGGGGCUGUUGGAGCCUCAAGCGCCUGCCUGCCGUUGCGAAGAAAUUCCCCAAGGUGGACUGCGAGAAGGACUGGUGGGACAGUUUGGAGUGGCACGAGGGGGAUGUGAACCACCACCCUUCGCUCUACAAGCCGACCCACUCAAGGUACUACAAGAAGUCCCAGUUGCCGAGAGGCAGCGUACUCAGGUAAUCCAUCCCUUCCAUGAGGGGAGCUUCAGCGUGCUUCAGUGCAACAUGCAUGUUGGGCUACAAGGUUGAAGAUUUAUCGGCAAUAUAUGGCUGUGUGUAUUUUCCCUACCCAAAUUCAUGCUGCUUGAUUGGUUUUUGUGUGCUAUGCUUCUGCAUUGCCAUGGUGUGGCUCUGCGCCUGCAUCAAUCUACAUUGUCGACAUGUUGUUGCAUCUUCCAGUUUGGUUUGGUUCAGUCAGCUUUGCUGGACUGACCGAUAUAUCAUCAAAGCAAGUAUUUUUAUCAUCUGGUUGGAUAGAUGAUGGUACAAGAUUUGAGCAAGAGAGAAAUAAAUAAGAGUGGCAUCCAGCUUACGCGACAUGAGCCCUGGCGUGCUCAUGUUGCUGCUAUGCUGUCUGUGUGUGUGUGUGGUGUGAUCUGUCAGCUGCCGACUGACUGUUGUAAUAAUUUAAUUGUGUAUGCGAUUUUUAAAACAAUUGUGGAUGGUUAUAAAUUUGUUGUUUAACUAUAAAUUUGAUUGCCCAUGCGGUCAUGUGGCUGAUAUAACCUC